AUGCAUAGGAUGACCCAUGAGGAUGAUGUUGAAGCUUACAUUGAAUUGUUUGAGCAUACAGCUAUACAGACAGGGCUGGACAGAUUCCAGUGGGCAAGCCAGCUGGGAUCCCUUGUCAUGGGCAUAGCACAAGCCAUGUUCCAGGCUUUACCGAGGGAAGAUGCCUAUGAUUAUGAAAAGGACCUGUUGGACAAAUGGGUACCUCCGGGAAAGGUGGAUCAGGCAUCUCUGGCCGACCAAAUUUUAUUAGAACAAUUCAUAAAAGAUUUGGAUAAUGAAACGCAACUAUGGGUAUGUUGGCACUUACCAAAGAUGGCUGAAGAGGCAUUAAGAGUUGCUGAGGACUUCAUGGCAUCUGAAGUGAAGCAUGUCAGAGAAAAAAGUUAUAAAAGGCUGGAAGAGCCAGGGGACGCGUGUACGCCGAGGACGCCGACGUGGGUAAUCAUCCGGGCGUUUAUCCGGCUGCGGCAGAGCAGCGGGGGCGGAGGACACCUCCCGGAAGAAACAAAAAGCAGCCCCACCAAGGCAGCAGGGUGGUUGAGGAGGAGAGACCACGGGACGGAACUCCAGUGUGGAGGAGAUCAGCCGCCGCUCUCGGCCGCAGCGAGAGCAAGGGGCGGAGCCAGUGCAGGCUCCGAGACAGCCGGCAACACAAUCGGCAGUAGUGUUGACGGUGGGACCGGCUCCAACGCUGUUGGCAGCGCCGGUGAGGGAGCCAGCUGUAUUGUAGGCAGAAGAGCCAGUGGAGGAACCGGCGUCGUCGGGAGCAGCAGAGCUGGAGGAGAAACUGACUGUGUUCCAGGCAGUAGAGCUGAAGGAGGAACCGGCGGUGUCUGGGGCAGUGAAGCCCAGGAGGAAAUUGACGACAUUGCAAGCAGCAGAGCCGGUGAAGAAACCGGUGGCAUCUGGAGCAGCAGAGCCAGUGAGGAAACUGGCUGCAUCGCGGGUAGCAGAGCUGGGGAAGGAACCAGUGGCAUCCUGAGCAGCAGAUCCGGUGGAGGAACCGGCUGCGCUGCAGACAGAAGAACCGGUGGGGGAACCGGCUGUGCUGCAGACAGAAGAACCAGUGAAGGAGCCAGCGACACUGCAGGCAGAAGAGCCGGUGAAGAAACCGGCCGCUUCGGAAGGAGCAGAGCCAGGGCCGGGACGAGCGGCCAGAUUAAGGAAGGAGUCAAGGUGGAAGGUCUGGGCUGGCGACCCCGGCGGACAUCAUAUUGA